AAUAAAUAUUGAAAACCUAAAUCAUUCACUUAACUCAUAUUCCUUCAAUUAUAGUCUUAUUUUUUAUUCGGAUCCGAAUACAACCCGACCCGACAUUGUAUCAUUGUUACCGAAUUGAAAGAUGAUAUUAGUGGCGAUCGUAGCGGAGGUGCUGGAGGAGUACACGGCGUUGUUGUCAAGAGUGGUGGAGCAGGUGUUCCGUUCUGCCCCUGUACCUCGAAGGGUUCGUUUUCUAAUCCUCCGUAGCCUUCCCUUUGUUUCGAAUCAACCUAGGAGGAUUCAAAUUCAAUCCCAUUAGUUCCUUUUUUUUGUUUUCAUUUUUCAAUUUUGCGUGCCUUUGUUCCAUACCCUACUUCGUGUAAAUUUUGGGUGUUUUCUGUAACCGCAGAUGAUAAAAUAGUACUUUUUUUUUUAUUAAUGGUAUAAUAGUAUUCUCUUUGACUUAAAA